UACAGUGAUGACUAGAAUUCGGAUAUAUUGCUCAUAAUUAAUAUUUUUAGAGUCCAUAUAUGUGAAGUACUAAUGGAACGUCCUUACGCUAUAACAUAUUACACUGAAGUUUCAGCUUCGAACGUUUCUACUUCUGGUUCACAUGAAGCAACAAUUGUUUACAUCCGGGAUGUGCAGUUCUUUUGUUUACUCUUCUCCUGACCAAACGAUCUCUUUCAAAACCUUCUCAUCUGAUGUGACAAAUUACCACUGACUGAAGGCCAAUGCAAUCCCAAACAUCAAGUCAAUGAGGAGAGGAAAUCCAGGUCACGACGAACAACUGAAAAACAAAAGAAAAUGAGGUGUCCCACAGAUGUCACUGUAGAAGAUGUUCACCCUGAGAAGCCCGAUCCCCUCCACAUCAAACAGGAGGAGGAGUCUGAGAUGCCGCACAUCAAACAGGAGGCGGAGUCAGAAACUCUUUACAUUAAAGAAGAAGAACAGGAAGAUGAUAUCUCCAAGUUUCCAAAAACUGUCAGUUUGAAGAAGGAAGAAGAUGAAGGUCCGAGCGAAGCAGCGAAACUUUCGGGCGAGGGCUCAUUUCCACACCUGACAACAAAAAAAGGGGGAGGACUGCAACCGGACGGCCUCUUAGCUCCGCUUUCGGACAGCGACAACGUAACGUCACACUCUUCUGACACUGACACUGAUGUGGAGGAUGUUGACUUUAAUGAGAAUGCUUGGAAAUCCUUAAACAAGUCAUCAUUGAAAAGAGGGACAAAAGAAUGUGCGAGUGGGAAACCGUUUGGCUGCACACUUUGCGACAAAGGAUUUUCUCAAAAGAAUCAGUUAAAAAUACAUAUAAGAAUACACACUGGAGAAAAGCCUUUUGUCUGCACAUGUUGUGGUAAAAGAUUCACCGAGAAGGGAGGUUUAAAGAAACACUUCUGGACACACACUGUAGAAAAGCCUUUUGUCUGUACAUAUUGUGGUAAAACAUUCAACCAGAAGGGAUAUUUAAACACACACACACGCACACACACUGUAGAAAAGCCUUUUCCCUGCUCAGUUUGCGAGAAAGGAUUUUCUUCCAAGGCUGAUUUAGAAAAGCAUCAGCACACACACACUGGAGAAAAGCCUUUUGUCUGCACAUGUUGUGGUAAAAGAUUCACUGUGAAGAGAACUUUAAACAUACACACACGCACACACACUGGAGAAAAGCCUUUCGCCUGCACACAUUGUGGUAAAAGAUUCAUCUAUAAGGGAGCUUUAAACAUACACACGCGCACACACACUGUCGAAAAGCCUUUUCCCUGCUCGUUUUGUGAGAAAAGAUUUUCUUCCAAGGCUGAUUUAGAAAAGCAUCAGUGUACUCACACUGGAGAAAAGCCUUUUGUCUGCACAUGUUGUGGUAAAAGAUUCACCAUGAAGAAAUUUUUAAACAUACACACACGCACACACACUGGAGAAAAGCCUUUUGUCUGCACAUGUUGUGGUAAAAGAUUCACUGAGAAGGGAAAUUUAAUCAAACACACACGCACACACACUGGCGAUAAGCCUUUUGUCUGCACAUGUUGUGGUAAAAGAUUCACUGAGAAGGGAAAUUUAAUCAAACACACACGCACACACACUGGCGAUAAGCCUUUUGUCUGCACAUGUUGUGGUAAAAGAUUCGGCGCCAGGGGAAAUUUACAGAAACACAUGAUGACACACACUGUAGAAAAGCCUUUUGUCUGUACAUAUUGUGGUAAAAGAUUCACCCAGAAGGGACAUUUGAAAAAACAUACACACACACACACUGUCGAAAAGCCUUUUCCCUGCUCAUUUUGUGAGAAAAGAUUUUCUUCCAAGGCUUAUUUAGAAAAGCAUCAGUGUACUCACACUGGAGAAAAGCCUUUUGUCUGCACAUGUUGUGGUAAAAGAUUCACCGAGAAGAGAACUUUAAACAUACACACAUGCACACACACUGUAGAAAAGCCUUUUCCCUGUUCAGUUUGAGAGGAAAGAUUUUCUUUGAAGGCUGAUUUAGAAAAGCAUCAGGGUACACACACUGGAGAAAAGCCUUUUGUCUGUACAUGUUGUGGUAAAAGAUUCACUGGGAUGGGAAAUUUAAAGAGACGCAACAACACACACUGGAGAGAAACCGUUUACCUGCUGAAUUUGUAGUAACAUUUUUUGUAUAUUUUCUCACACCCUGUUCUGUCCCUUAAAGUGCGGAUGACACCAAAAAGCAUGUUUAUUUCAUAUUUCACGGGGUGUUUUAUGCUCCUGAAUGAAAUGGACCGCUUGGAUGUGUGUGGAAAUGAGUUACUUCCGGCUAUAGUCUCCAGUUGAGAAAGAGUGACGUGUACGGUAGAAGGAGUCCUCUUCACUAUCCAGCCGUACUGUUGUAUUAGAAGGACUAAGGAUUCAGCUGAUUUGGCGGAUUAAUUCGUUUAUUUUUUGCAUCACGCCAGCCAAACGGCUGCAGAAAAAUGUUACUACACGAGGGAGAGGUGUGUGAGCCAUUUUGGGGUUUCAAAAGGUUCCCAUUCACCGAAGGAUAUUGGCCAAAACAAGCCCUACUACUGUGGGACCAUUGGACUUCCGAGGAAGUGAGUAAACAUCGUGUUUGUAUUAUGUCAAGUACUAGGAUCAUUUUAUCACGGAGGUGGCUUGCAUUUUGUGGCUGACAUGCUACUUGUCCACUCGGCCGACAACUGGUGGCGGCAUGUCGCACAUCCCCCACGCCGGGAGAGCACGAUACUCGGCUUAUUGCCCUCUUCAUGUGCCCUGUGUUCUGUCAAAUUUUCCACCUGAUCAAUAAUUGCCAUUUUGGCUCUAAAAUAGCUGCGAAUACUUUUGGCUUAAAAAUAGCCGGGAAUGUUUUUUCACAUUUAGCGCCACACAGUGUUUAAAACGUGGUGCGAAAUUUUUAGAAACACUUUUUUUUUUGCACAUUUACAACAUUAUUUAGCAACUUAAAUAUUCAUUUUGAAAUAAGUUUUGUACCUGAAUGUUUAAAUCCAAAGCUAAAUAUUUAAUUUAAAUUUAUAUCCUAAAUGCUAAAUCUGGAAACAAUUGGAACUAAAUAUUUAGCUUAAUAUGCAAAUUCACAUGACUGGAGACCGGAAGUAACAAAAUAAAAGCUGGAGCACACAAAAUACUCUUGAAAUAGUUUCUCCUAAAUAUGUAUUUUACCUAUAUAUUAUUAUCACAAUGACUCAUGUCUAAGAGCAGACUGCCACCGUUGAGUAGGUUUUAUUCAUUUUCAAGCAACGUAAAAAGACAGUCUGAGCUGCACCACCAGCUUUUAUUUUGUCACUUCCGGUCUCCAGUCAUGUGAAUUUGCAUAUUAAGCUAAAUAUUUAGUUCCGACCGUUUCCUGAUUUAACAUUUGGGAUAUAGGAUAUAAAUUUAAGAUUUCAAUUAAAUAUUUCGUUCUGGGAGUUAAAGAAUCAGGUCCAAAACUUAUUUAAAAAUAAAUAAGUUGCCAAAUAAUUUUGUAAAUGUGCAAAAAAAAAAGUGACUCUAAAAAUUUCACACCAUUUUAAACACUGUGUGGCGCUAAAUGUGAGAAAAUGUUGUUGUCAUUUUCAGCAUGUGCUGCUUUACAAACGGUGCCCCACAGUAUUCCCGAAAGUGAACAAAAUACUCCAUCGACUUGUUUUGAAGCGACGGGUAUUUUGUUUGGAGAUUACAUUUAAGCUUGCUUGGCAUCAUGUCGCUGUUGGAUAGCCGCUCAUGUUGCGUUCAAGAACUGCUCUGAUUGCUAUCCAUCAGCCACCUUGCUGUCCUCGCCGAUGUGUUGGAAUAAAACGGGGAGAGGAUUGAUGGUCGUCACAUAUGGAUAAAAUGGAAAAAGACACUUUAGUGUGUAUCAGCACUUGACGAGUUUAAUGAAAUGAUGUCAAGUAGACGUGCUGGGAUCCACAUUGUCAGUGACUGCCAGCAAGCUGGGCGGAGAGCAAGAUGUCUUCCAGCGGAGGUCAGAUGCAGGGGCCCGUUCUCUAGCCUGGUUCUUCAAUAUUUUAGGCCUCAAGGGAGAGAAGAAGAGGAGAGGCAUCCGUUGUAUCACCAACGUGGCAGAGAGCACCUCAAGUCGCCUGUGGCUCAAAAGAGAAGAGCUGUGGUGUCAUGGUAGCGAGCCAUCCGGAUCCAGGCAGGGUUCUGAUCACCCCGGGUUGGGUCAACUGAGAAGAGUGUAUGAUGUUGAAAGACCCGAAACAUCUAAUGAUUCCAGGAAGCUCAUGUUCGGGUCUUUCAAGAUGUGUGACUGGCAAGGGGGUAUGUUUAGUCUCAACAUUGGUAGGGACGCUAUAGAUACAUAUACAGGUUUUGUUGGUGACGGUACAUUAAUUACACCAAACAGAUUGGGUGAAUGGGGGUCAGGGCUACAUUUCUCACAAAUAUGCUGAUGUGUUGCCUACGUAAAAAUGAAAAGAAAAAAAAAAAAAAAAUUAACUGUUUUUAUAUAGGAAAUUUACAGUGGUUAUGUUUUUCUUUGUUUUUUUGGGGGGGGGUUAAAGAAAUGUCUUCAUAGGCUGCAAAUAAGAUUAAUUUUAAAUGAAUGAUGGAGAAAAUAAUUUUAAUCAAUGAAUAAAUGCGCAGUUGAAUCAACUUUAACAGUAGAAAACACAUACAGUACAGGAGGACACUUAUUUCUAAGCUGCUUCCUACUUGAGUUUUGCAGGUUAGCAAGUUCACACAGUUUAAUGUUAUGCUAACUGUGAAGCAGGUCGGACUUUCAGUAGCAACAGUAGAAACACAGGUUCUCAUGUUUGGAGGAAAAAGAAUACUGAAUUGUACCAUGCCCACUGUGAAGCAUGGGGGUGGAAACAUCAUGCUUUGGGGCUGUUUUUCUGCAAAGGGACCAGGACGACAGAUCUGUGUAAAGGAAAAAAUGAAUGGGGCCAUGUAUCGAGAGAUUUUGAGUGAAAAUCUCCUUCCGUCAGCAAGGGCAUUGAAAAUGAGACGUGGCUGGGUCUUUCAGCAUGACAAUGAUCCGAAACACACAACCAGAGCAACAAAGGAGUGGCUUCGUAAGAAGCAUUUCAAGGUCCUGGAGUGGCCUAGCCAGUCUCCAGAUCUCCACCACAUAGAAAAUCUGUGGAGGGAGUUGAAAGUCCGUGGUGCCCAACGGCAGCCCCAAAUCAUCACUGCUCUAGAGGAGAGCUGCAUGGAGGAAUGGGCCAAAAUACCAACAACAGUGUGUGAAAAGCUUGUGAAGAGUUACAGAAAACGUUUGGCCUCCGUUAUUGCCAACAAAGGGUACAUAACAAAGUAUUGAGAUGAACUUUUGGUAUUGACCAAAUACUU